CCCGGAUGCACGUGCGCGGACGACCACUUGGGAAGAUCUUUACAAUGUAUGGAAGCACCGAUGUCCCAAAUCCCGGACGACAUCCCGCACAACUUCACUAAAAUCCGAAUCGAAAACUGCCACUUAACCGAACUACCCGCCGGCUCCUUCUCCUCUGUCGGCGAUUUGGAGUUUUUGUGGCUGAACUUCAACGAAAUCACAUUAAUGAACAUAAAAAGUCUGGACGGUCUCGCCAACCUCACGGAGUUACGUUUACAAGGGAACAAGCUUACGACAAUUCCGUGGACGGCUUUCCAGGACACUCCGAAACUCAAAAUUUUGGAUUUAAAACAUAACAAGUUAGACGUUUUACCUGAACAUGCUCUGAGGUAUCUCCCAGGACUUACUUACUUGGACUUAUCCUUCAACAAUCUUAACAUAAUUUCCAAAGAUGUGUUCCUAAACUGGCCGUUGUACCAGAAAACGGAAAAAACAUGGAGCAAAGAAGGAAUCGUUUCGAAUGUGGUCCUAGCUUUGCACGACAAUCCAUGGAAAUGCGAUUGCAGAUUAAAAGGUUUCGUUGAAUUUAUCCGAACGGUCAACCCGCCCAUAAUUUUGAUGAACUCGUACCUGAUGUGCCAAAGCCCCAAGUCGAAAGUCGGCAGGUUUUUCCACGAAAUCCAGCUGAAAACGUGCUUGAAACCGAACGCCAGCUCUCCGGAUGCAAACGUCACUUUACCUCUGGGAUCGAACGCGACGUUGACGUGUUUAGUGAAAGCCAGACCAGAGCCGAGCAUCCAGUGGACCUACAACCUGAAGAUGAUACGAGGAUUCACUGCCAUGGAAACCCAAAUUGACGAGGACACCUUCAGCUCUCACCUGCUCAUCCCGUCCUUACAUUUGGCGGACCGCGGACUCUACACGUGCUCCGCCAACAACUUCAUCGGAAACUCCUCCGCGAGCGUCCUGGUCGCCAUCAACAACCCCAACUCCUCCCCGUCCUCCCCGCUCCCGCCGCCCGUCCCCAUCUUAUCCUCCGACGAAAACCCUUACGUCGACAUCCGCAUCGCCAAACAAACCGUCUACGGGAUCACGCUGGAGUGGUUCGCCGCGACGGAAAACCCGACGGAAACCUGGUACACGAUCCACUUCGGAAAAUACGACUCGCCGAAAAGAAUGACGUACAUCGGGCCGGGAAUCAACUCUUACUCCGUCGAGAAUCUGCUUCCCGUCACGAAAUACGAAGUUUGCGUCGCCUUGAAGAACCACCCGCCGCGAGAAGGUCAGUGCGUCGUUUUCGUAACCGGGAACGACGUGAGCGAAAUGGAGCAAAGGGAGAGGCUGAUCCACAUCAUCGUUUUGGUUUGCGCGAUGGUUUUGGCGGUGCCGGCCGGGAUGUACGCGUGCACGACGGAGACGAGGGCCGGGUGCGCUGGGAAGUGUCUGCGGUUUUUGAAAAGGAGGAAGAGACACGGGGACAUGCAGGAGAUGGAGCGACAGGGGACGUUCGACAGUCUCCAGGCGGCGAGCAGCGAGACGCUUUGUAGAGACGAAAGACCCAAGGACACGGCCAGAGGAGGAAGCGCCGCUCAACUGUACUGA